AUGGGUGGCGGUCGGCGACGUCGUAUUGAACGGUCUUCUAGUAGUAUUGAUCGUCGUUACAAACGGCCACGCAACAGCUCGGAACGACAUCGACGGAAUGAAUCACGCAAUAGACGUGCCCGUAGACGAUCUUGGAAUAAAAAAAAUUCGGAUCAUUUCUAUACUAUGAAAGAGAAUAAUGAUUUUAACAUUCUAAAAUUCAUUUUAGUUUUGGUAUACUGUGAUAUACGUUUAGAGGUGCUAGAAAAUCUAUCCUUGCUUUUUGAACGGAAAUUAAGGUGUUAA